UAGUCCUUUUUAUUGUCAACUGUCAAUUGAAAGAUAAAUUUAAUAAAACAAAAACAGUCAUCCAUAACAAGAAGUAAUGGUUCAAGCAAAUUAAAUUCACAGAGCACCUCUCCCUUUCCUGGUAGUGAGGAGGCCCCAGAGAGAUAAUUAAGUCAGGGUUUAAGCUAUUUACAAUCCUAGAAGAGGGAAGGAUUAAGUUCUUUAUGCUACAGUCAUCAAUAUUAAAACUUCCAAGGUAAAGUGAAUUUUUUUUAAUAAGGAUUUUCUGUAAGCUGGCUCAACAUAACUAAGAAUUUUGGCUUUGGACCAUCUCUAUGCAUACAUACACACAUGAAUCCAAACAUGCACUUAAACAUACUUACAAAAAUAGACAUUUUACACACAUACACACACAAAGUGUCCAAAGUCUUAAGGUACAGUAUUCAGUUUUAACUGCACUAAGACUUUUGGGACAUGUAUAUGGAAGACAAUGGAGUAGAAUAGUUUAGGAUGGAGAAAAUUAUUUGCUUUCUUUUCUUUUUCCAUAAUUUUGACAACAAACUCAUUUUUUAAAAAGUCACAUCAGGAACUCUCUAUCCUUUGUGAAGAUACCUAAAAGUUUCUUGAACCUCAGCAUUUUCAGAUCCAACAUCUUCAAUUGGAGGUCAACAGCUAAAAGUUUUAAGGAAAGAUCUGUUGAGUACUUUUUGCUCUGGACAUCUUAUCAUACUCAGACCAGGUUUCUCUCCCUUCCCCCAUAAGGACACAUCUUAGGGUCUAGUUGGUUUCUAAGGCAACCUUUCUUUUUCAGUCCAAAGUGGAGAGCUUUUUGCAUAGUAGCUGGGACUGUGACAGAAAACAACUAACCCCAGAGACUGGAACUAUCUGUUAUUCUUCUGAAUCAGAGCUGUUCCCCACCUUGGGUGGGAGGAGAAGGGAAGAGACAGGGACUGGCGUUUGCCUCCAAGAAACUUAAACAAAAGGAAUUUAGAGGACUCAUUCUGCUUUCUUUCCCAGCCCUUCCUCGACUUUUAAAAAAGCACAUCAAAACUCUAGAGAUUCCUUUGAAAAGUUUUAUAGGGAACAUGUAGGCCCUGAGAUCAUCUAGCUGUAGGACCAACUAUCCACAGGGAAGCCUGAAAAGGAAAAAAGACCAAAUGGGGUGGGGGCAUUUCCCCAAUUCUCUGCAAAGACUUAUAAGCGUUCUUCUUCCUGUCUGAACAUCCGAUGGGUAGAGAGGAAGUCAGAUUCAGGUUCAUUUCUGCCCACGUCAUGAGAAUGUGAUCAGACAGGUUUGUAAACCUUAAAGUAGUAUAUAAAUGCUACAUAAUAGUAACAACAACAACACUUCUCUUUCCCUCUCUCACUUUUGAGAGUUUCCCCAGGGUUAAUGAUCCACAUUGACCAGCGGAACUCGAACUUACUGGCUAGGAGAGGGGAUUAUCUUCCAGCCGGUGGUGGAGUUUCCUAAGGGAUUCCCAGGCCCGGCCUAAGUUUAGUUUGGUUUUUCUCUUUAGGACCCAAACAUGACAAAGUACUAGGCAGGAAUUAGGGGCCGGCCUGUUUGAGUGGCCUUGAUGACCACUCUUGCCCGGCUGAAACAGGACGGCCUCACUCCUGCUUUGCAAGCUUCCUGGCUGCCUAGCAAGGGGCCCCUCCUUCUGCUUUCCCCCAGUGCAGCCCGGCCCAAACUCUCUCCCCUCCGGUUAGUACCUCCUUCCUCUCUCCGCCCAGGCUAGAGAGGAAGGAAACUAAUCGAGCUCAAGCUGUUGUUUUUUUUUUUUUUUUAACUUUAGGGAAGGCACGCUGCCUCCGAAGAGACUGCUAUAGGCAGGCGGGAGGAUGGACAGGGGCCAGUGAAGAGAAGGAAGGGGGGGAGCAAAGGAGUCCUAAAAAGCAGUUGCCAAGGUUCAAGCCCGAGCCCGCCCGGAGCGCCGGGCCCCUGAAGUUGCACCUGGGCUCCCCGAGCACCAUCAAGCGAGGACGACGUAGCGAAGGCUGCAAUUGUGCGGAGGAGACAAUAAGAAAGCAAAAGCGGGACGGGCGAGGGGAAAAGAGGCCGAGCCGGGAGGCAGGGACAGCAGAGUUGUACCAGUUCUAACGGGACGAGAGGAGUGACCCGCGGGGCACGUACGCAUACACACCCCGCCCAUAACUUGAGAGCAGUGCCCAGCCAAGCAUAUCCACUGGCACACGCAACUUCCCCUUCUCUCUGAGCAUUCGUACACUCUCUGGCAAGGUUCUCUUCAUCUCACACCUAGAUUAACUCAAAUGUUGGUUGGUUUGUAUGCCUCAAGUGUCUCCUUACUCCCAAGUCCUUAAGGUGAUUUUCCUAAAGCGCCGGACCACGUGCGACCACGUCAACGUCCCCCUCCCCAACUCAAAACACUCCAGCGCCUCUCUAUUACCCCGAGGAUCAAAUCUAAAAUCUUCUGUAGAUAUUCAAGUUCUUCACAACCAGUAUUCUCCCUCGAAUCUCCCCUUCCCCCUUCUCCCAAUACUCUUAUCUCCUCUCUUCUGUUGGGUCCCAGAUAAAAAAUCCGGUAUUCUACUGGAAGCCUUUCCGGAUGCCCAUUAAUGCCCAGUGCCUUCCUCCUGUCGAUUAUAGCCAAUUUAUCCUGCAUCUUUCUUGUUUGUGUGCGUGUCUCUUCGUUAGAAUGUGAGUUCCUUGAAAUCUGGGAUCGUCCUUUGCUUUUGUCAGCAAACGUGUCAAGUACAGUACUAAACACUGGGGAUACAGACUUGAAAAAGACAGUCCCUGCUCUGAAGAAACUCAAGUUUAAUAGGGGAGACACCACGUAAACGACCCGGUACAAACUAGCUAUAUACAGGAUAAAACUAUAAACAAUCAACUGGGCAAAAGCCGUCGCAUCCCGAUUAUAUUUAGCACCUAGUCAGGCAAAUAGCAGGUGUUUAAUAAAUGUUUAUUGACUCGCGGACUAAGCGCACGCAGCCAAGGCAUCCACCCACGCCUCCAGGAGCACUUGGAGCUGCCGCGACAGAGCCCCGCUCAAUUGUAGGUUUUACUUGGGAAGAGGUGGGGAAAGAAGGCCUCCCGAAACGUCCCCUCCCCUGCUCCGCCCCUCUAUCUGGGCCCCGCCCUCCCCACAAGCUCUAGUUCCUCGCCGCCUCUUCUCUGCCCCCUCCUCCAGAGGAAGCGCCCGGCUCCGGAGUAGUCUCGCCCCUCCCCCGCGGCUCCCUCCUCCUCCCUCCUCUCGGGUACUCGCGGGGCCCCGGCGGCAGAGAGCGGGAACCUCCUCCCGAGCGAGCCUGGCGGCCGCGGCGCUCCCACCCCUCCUGGCCAACCCUCGCCGGCGGCUCCAAGCUGCCCACCCCGUUUUUAAGAAGGGGGGAGGGGAGGGGGUCGCGUCAGGAUGAAGGAGCAGCUGCUCGGGAGCAUGGCCAUGCCGGGCAAGUCCCUGCAGAAGGCUUGCCGGUUGCUUGUGGUUUUCUGCGCCCUGCAUCUUCUUGUCACGCUCUUCUACUACUUGUCGGGCCGGGAUUUCGACGUCCUGCAGCUCUUCUCCAAGCACCAGCAGAGCCAGGAGGGGCGCAGCUCGGUGCCCAUGACCAUGACUGAGGUCGCCAGAGAGGCGCUGGCAACCUCAGCGGCGGCAGUUUUGGAGAAGCCGGCCGGAGACCAAGCGCCGCUGCCCGAGGAGGCCACGGAGACUACGGAGACUGGGCCGCCCAGCAAAGUCGAGUUGCUGCCCAGCUGCCCGGACCCCUCGCCGCUGCUGGUCGGCCCAUUAAAUGUGGAAUUUGUGCGCCCUGUGAAUCUGGAAUCCAUAGAGAAAGACAAUCCUAAAUUGAGGAAAGGAGGUCGAUUCACCCCAGAGGACUGCACAGCACUUCAAAAAGUGGCCAUUAUUAUCCCUUUCAGGAACCGGGAUGAACAUCUACGUUAUUGGCUCUAUUAUCUCCACCCAUUUCUACAGCGUCAGCAGCUAGAUUAUGGGAUAUAUGUGAUAAAUCAGGAUGGUGAUGAAACAUUCAAUCGUGCUAAGCUUCUGAAUAUAGGCUUUCAAGAAGCCUUGAAAGAAUAUGACUAUGACUGCUUUGUAUUUAGUGAUGUAGAUCUGAUACCUAUGGAUGAUAGGAACACCUAUAAGUGUUUUGAACAGCCCCGGCACCUCUCUGUGUCAAUGGAUAAAUUUGGAUUUAGCUUACCUUAUAACCAGUAUUUUGGAGGUGUCUCUGCUUUAAGUAAAGAACAAUUCCUCAAAAUAAAUGGAUUCCCUAAUAACUAUUGGGGUUGGGGAGGUGAAGAUGAUGAUAUUUAUAACAGAUUAGUUUAUAAAGGCAUGUCUAUAUCCCGGCCAAAUGCUGUCAUUGGAAAAUGUCGCAUGAUCCGCCAUUCAAGAGACCAAAAGAAUGAGCCCAAUCCACAAAGAUUUGACAGAAUUGCACAUACAAGGCAGACCAUGAACUCUGAUGGUUUGAACUCACUUAAGUACCAACUUUUGGAAAUUCAGAAAUACUCUCUCUAUACCAAAAUCACAGUGGAUAUUGGAUCACCAAGUUAGCAUCUCAGUGAGAUCCAUAAAAGACCUGAAAAAACAAUCAAGGACCUAAGUUGACUCUUUUUGUAAACUUGCUGGAAUUUUUUCCAUUUUUGCCUUUUGUUGUGCUACAAUCAAAAUGAACAGGAAUGCCUCAUGUAAUUAUUCAGAAACUUUUCCAAAUCACUAGGACGAGUGGGCCUUCUUGCCCCCAACUUGACUCAGCACACAACUUUUCUAGCUGUAAGUUUUAGAGACUGUAUAUAAGCAUUGUUUGGUUAUUUAUAUUCUUAUUGGAGACUAUCUUGAUUAUGGUUCUUAACAGCUUACCAAUAAGUUAACAGUUGUGAACAGCUAAAAAUCACUGCGUUCUAGCUUCAGUGAUUGGUGGUUAAUUCCCAGGAUCAAUCUGCCAAAUUUCCAUGUAAUAUAUAAGAAUUUUGCUUUAAAUUUGUUGUAAUAUUUAAUUUUAUGAAGGACUGGAAAAUGCUGCUAAAAUUGGUUUACAAGUUUACAUUUUGGGAAAUUAUUUGCCAGGUCCCAACCAGCUAGUAAGGGCUAUGACCCUUUAAGAACCAAAGGAGGUAUUAGAAAAAGUUCCUGAGGGGCUGCCGAGAAGCCCUCCCCUUUUGCAAGGUUCCUACCUUAGUCUUUAAUUGCUAUGUCAUUCGACAUCCUGAUCUGUCUCUUCCCUCUAUCCUCCUCAUUCCCAUUCCUUUCCUAUUUUCCUUCUCUUAACUGCCAUGAUUUUAAGUCUCUGGCUCCCAAGUUGUGCCUUGAUUAAAUCUGCAUGGCUGGCCUUGUCAGAUUGUUCUCUUGUACCUUCUCCCACUAUGGGUAGAUUCCUUAGUAUUUGACUUUUUCCUCCUUGUGCCACAAGUAAGCCUAGUUGACUCGACAGCACUCCCAAGUAGGUUUUCAUUAUCAUCUCUUGGCACAGGGGAAACCUGUCUGUCCCACAGCUCUGUCAUGAUUUUAUCAUAGUUAUAACUGGUCAUCAUUUGAUGGUAUGGAGGAUCUCUUAGCUUCUCUUUACUCAUUAUAGGCCUGAAAAUGUUAGGGAGAAUUCUAGCCACUUAUUGUGAUUUGAAGAUAAAUUUGCCCUUCAGUCCUAGGUUGUAUUUUUGCCAAAGAGUCUUGAGGUUUUCUGAUUCUAGGUUCAGGUGUCCACCCAGUCUAUCUCUCUCCCCUUCCCAGCCUACUAGCUUUCCUAUACCAAUAUUCUCCCUGAAAGACUGGACAAGACAGAGAAACUUUCCAGUUUUUUAAAGCUUUACUAUAAGCUAUUCAUGUAUCUCUUAACACAUCUAAAUGGGAUUCUCCUCAACUGCUUCCUUCAUCUACCAACAGUGGAUGAGUGGAUGCUUCUUCUCUGCCUGCAGUUAUACUGUGGUCUUCCUGCCCUUCUCUGAAUCUAUUCAAUUUCUUAAUCAAUGAGGGUGGUCUACAGUUGACCAAUGUAGAGAUUUAUCCACAGGAGGAGGUGGCUGGCAAUUCAUCAGUCCAGUAUCUUCUGAAAGCAUAGAUUUCAUUAAGGGAGUUUUGCCAGGCUUUUUGUUGUUAGGCUAGCAUCUAAAUUGAAAUUAAAUUAAUUGCUCCGGCUGACCAGUGACCCAGAAAAUCUGGUUGAACUCACUCAGCAUGCUAGGGUAGAGGUAGCCCCUAUCCAUCGAACCUCAUUGAUCAGUGUUUCUAAAAAGAAGAGCAAUUUAACUCUUGCCUAAAUUUUCUUCAACUUACUAUUUAUACCAGACCCUCCUCUACUUUCCUACUUUGCUGUCUCCUUCCUUAUCAUAGAAAGUCUACAUACAGUAGAGUUCAUUCCCAAAAAAUAGAUUUCUGCUUCUUUUGUGAGUCAGUGUCCAUUGUGUUAUGAAUGGCUCUCUCCAAGUGUAAGAGGAACACACUGUUAAGUAGAAUCCAAUGGAACCUCCUCUCAAGUCCCAUCCUUUCCCUACUGAAUACCCCUUUAAAUUCAAGUACCUGACAAAGAGAUUCUUAACUAAACCCUUCUAAACUCUAAUCCAGCAAGAGUGGAUUCUCUGUUUCCCCCAAAUCCAUUUUCUUGCUAAUAGUCUUUAAUAUCUAGGAAUUUCUAUUUAGAGUAUUCUCAGGAAACACCAAUUCUUCAUCUUAGGGACUCAAGUACUCAAUGUCACCUGGAGGCCAUCCUGGGCUAGGAAUUCACCUAAUUGUCUAGGACACUUAUUGAGCUUUAUGGUUGUAUUCAUGGGAGAAACUGUCAAACUUCCUAGAAAACCUUUAAAUGCUAUUGUGGUAUGAGAUAAAUGUCCUUUCUUCUAGUUCCAUACUUGGUUUUCUAGGUCAAACAUACCUGAGUUCUUCAAAACUAAGACUGUGGAAGAUUUUCAAAUCAAUUAUCUCUAAGGGAAGAAAAAGACCUGAAAACUACCUUACAAAUGAAUUUGAUUUGGCCAUUUAUGGACUUUAAUUUCAAAAAUAUGGUAUUGAUGGGAAAGGACUUGCUACAGAAUCUUGCAUAAAGUUCAUGUCGGCUUCUUCAAAAUUAUUUACAUGAUCAGACAGGAUUUCUAGAAAUCAUAAGAUGGCCCACAUCAACACAGAAUCCUAGAGUUUGAGAGUUGGAAGGGACCCCAGGGCCUACCUAACUAAACCCAAACAUGAGAGUGCUGACCCUGGAGUCAGGAGGACUCCAUAUGUCCAAAUAUGACCUCAGACAUUUAACUGUAUGGGAGACAUGGGCAGGUCACUUAUCCCUGAUUCCUCCUCCCCGAAACUUUUUUUUAAAGCUUCAUACAUGAAAGGAAUCCCCACUGUACUGAACAAGUAAGUAAGUUAUCCAUUCUCACCUUGAAGGCUUACCAGGAGGGGAAAACCUACCCUCCCUCAAGGCAUCAUCCCUCUUCUACUUUUAGACUUCUCUUAUUGUUAGGAAGUUUUUCUGUAUAUCAGGCCUAAAUUAGCCUUUAUAAUUUCUACCCAUUGCUGUUAAUUCAAUUUUCUGGGACCAGGCAACAUAUCUAAUCCACAAGAUAUGACUUUGUGAAUAGACAUAUAUCUCCACAGGAUAAUCCUUUAUAUACUUGAAGUUACCUAUUAUGUCAUCCCUAAGUCUUCUCCAGGUAAACACGCCCAGUUCUUUCAACUCAUCUUCAUAUGACCUGCUCUCAAGAUUCUUCACUUAAAUGCAAGAUUCCAGAUGAGAUCCAGUGAGGGAAGAGUACAGUGGAACCAUCUACCUUCCUAUUCCUCGAAGUUAAUGUCCCUCUUAAAGCAGCCCAUGGAAUACAUGGAGUUUUGUUGUUGUUGUUGUUGUUGUUUGAAUGCUGAUCAUUAAGCUUGGAAUUCAGUGAGACUCUACAUUUUUUUCAGAACAAUUGUUGUCUGUACCCAUGCCUUUCUCAACUUGUACUUUGGAAAUUGUCUUUUAAAAGUCCACAUACAAAACUUUACAUUUAUCCCUAUUCAGUUUCAUCUUUUUCAAUUUGCCAAAGAUUAAACUAAGAAAUUCAACAGUGUCCUAUAGCUCUAUUUGCUUUCAAGCUUCCUUUUCUUUCCCCACCUAGUUCAAAGGCCAGAGUAUCCCUAGGUUCUAUGAUGAAUCAUUUUUCUUCUUCUUUUUUUAAAUUAAUCUUCAAGGCUAUGUUGCCAUCACUGUAGUACUGGGACACCCUUUCAGAAAUAGCCUGAUUUCUUACCUGCUCCAGUUUUUGCCCAGUUAGAAUUUUCCUUAGAGAUAUUUCUUGGGUAAAUGGUCUCUUUACACAUCUCAUCUGACCACAAACCUUAGUUCAUUUCAUCUUUCAAUAUUUUGUUCAUAGUCUUGCAGGCAAAAAAUAUAUAGUUUUCUUUUGCUCACUGUUAUGAAGAACUGGUGAAUAGAGAAUAGGACUUUAUAAUAAUACUUGGACAAUUAAUUAUACCUCUUAUCAUCAAGACAGGUGGUGGGGAUGUCUUCUCCAGGAUUUUUAACUACAUAAUGACUAUGGAUGUCCUCCUCACUCAGAACACUUCAUUCUACUCUAAGUAUGACUUUUGUCCCUCUUCUACAAUUCCUCUUUCUACCUUUUCUCCUACAAUGUAUAAUUACCUGGGGGAACUAGAUGCUAUUCAUAUUAUCAGACUGCCAUUUAGUAGACACAAGUAGACUAUAAAUAGCAUGUAAAUUAUGGAGAGCUCUAGUAAGUAGAGGACUAGACAUAGUUCAGUACCCACAAUCUGUAUUCAGUGUAUCCUUACCCAAAACACUGAACCAUUCUCCAUAAUCUGGAUUAUGACUUUUUUUUUGUCCCCAUCCUGUCCUUUUACCAUUCUUUUUUCAUGGGGUUUAAAUUGACCUAUCCUACCACUUUCCAUUACUAUUUCAUCCUACAUCUCUAUGCCUUUGCAUUUUAGGGGAAAGCAAAAUUUGUGAUAUGGACCAUCCUUGAAUCAUGAUCAAUAUGGUAGCUACCCUACAUACUUAAAUAGAGAGAACUUGGAACCUACUACAUACCGGGGAUAGUCAACAACCCAAGGCAGACAGUUUUAACAGGGCUCCCCUGCCAAGCUCAGGUCUUAGGGGUCUGAGUAUAAGCAAGGCCUGAGAUCCUUCGAAAACCAAAGAAAUACAAUCUGCCAGAUUCACUAAAAGGUGCUCAAUUCUGCUGAUUCUUCUGUCUGCAGUUUGCCUCUAAUCAGUGGUCUUGGUCUUUACUUGUCCAUUUCCUUUCUUUAGCUCUGAUCUCUGGCUUGUUCCUUAUUCCUAUUCUCUAUUUUAUUCCCCUCUGGCUUUGUUUUGGCCUAUUUAUGUUGCUUAUUCCAUUUGUAAGUGCUACCUUGCUUAUGAAUAAAACCCAUUCUUCUCUGCCCCAUAAGCUUUAUUAUUUCCUGCUCCCUCACCAGCUCCUUUUCCAUUCUCCUUUACUUGACCUUUGUACUUCCUCUGUUUCUCUGAUGCUUCUUCCACUGUUGCUAAGGGCAGUGAUCUUAUUCCCUGCCCUUGUGGAAGAAGCUUCUGCUAUAUCUGAUUGUGCCAGAAAAACCUACGAACUUCCCAUAUAUUCAGCUCUGGUUAGCUGUAUCUGAACCAGAGUUGUGCCCCCAGGGGAUGCUAUGAGUCUUCUUUGCAUUACAGAUGAUAUAUUUUGUUUCUCAUAAAACAAAUACCAAAAUUUUAUGGAGAAUGAGUGCAAUUUAAAUACCCUGUUCAAUUUGCUUUUUAAGUAGUAUUUGUUCAAAAAUUUAACUCAACUCCAGCAAUUAUUGUAGUAUUAGAUAUAUUUUGUCUCCCCCAAAUUUUAGUUCUGAGGGAUUUUCCUCAGAGCAAAUGUUGCUUGCUAGAUUGUUCAGUGCUCAGUCUCUAAAUUGCCUUAUUCCUUUAAGGACCGAUAAAUAUAUUUUAUUAGCAGUUUGUAUUGUUUAAAAUGAACAAAUCGGGUUGUAAUUGUGGGAUAAAGUGAUCUGUUUUGAUUCAGGUUUUACAGAGAUAUUUAGUAUUCUUUAGGUAAUGGAAGUCAUACUCUUCUGAUAGUGUGGGAUAAACUUGAAUUUCCUAUAUACACUUUAAUUGUAAUGUUUUAAAUGUCAGUAGUUGGGGCAAAAAUAUGUGUAUGCUGUAUUCAGUAUUAAUAACUUUUUAUUUUACUGAGAGAAAAGAUAACUUUACAAACCUUUCAAAUGAGGCUGUGGAAUCUCAUUUGUUAUACCCACAUGUUGGAGAGUCUUUUGCCUUCCCUUUGUAAGGAUAGGUCACUAGUACCAAAGGGAGUUCCUGUUAAACUUCUGAGACAAAGACUUAUUUCCCUUUUCAGAAUAGGACCAGAGAAACAUCCAAAAAUGACCUCACCAAAAAAAAAUUAAUGAGUUCACAAUUAAAAGAGACAAUUUUUUCCCCUUUGGGAAAUCGCUUCUUAAUUAUGAAGUGAAAGUCUAGCUGGGCAGACCUGUCCUGAGGAUAAUGUGGAACCCAAGAAGAAUUAGUCUCCACAAAUCUGCCCUUUCUUUCCCAGAACUGGGAUUGCUCUGUUCCAUGAUAGACACUAAUGGGAAUGCUGUUUCCAGUGUACAUAUCCCCAGACUUCUUUACAGGCCGUUAGGACUCAACAUUUGUCUUGUUUUAGGAAUAAGUGGAGGGCACUGCAAUCCCCAAGUAGCAACUGAGGCAGUGUCUCUGUGUCAGUCCCUAUCAGUUAAUCCAUUUUUUUCCUUGUUUCCUAGCCAACUCCUUUUUCCUUUUCCUCUUUUCCUUGCCAUUCAGUUUUUCCUUCCUGCCCUAUUUCCUAAGAUUGCUGAUGGCAUCUUUCUUCCAUUUAACAGUUUCUCUUCUUAGAAAAUAACCUAGACUUAACUCAGGUGCCUAAAAUUUUCUCUGCCCCUCAAGUUUUUCUAAAGUGGUUUUCAUAAUAGUGUAAAUAAUCCCUAAGAAUCGGUGAUCCACCAUUGGAAGAACACUGGUUUGGGAAUUCCAGCGAUGCUGGCUCUCCAAGCUAUGUGACUCAGGCAAGUCAUUAAAGCCUUACUUUUACUUUUCUCUUUGUAAAACAGAGAUAAAUGAUACCUACCUUACCUACCUCACAGGGUUGUUGUGAGGGUUAAGUGAGAUAAUUGUAUGUUAAUCACUUUGUAAGCCUUAUUAGCACUAUGCUGUUACCUAAAACCUGUUCCUUGGGAUCUUAGCACAUCAGAACAGGGGGUGAAAUGAGAAAUUUUCCACCCAGAAAUCCCUGAAUAUUCAGCUUGAGCUAAGACUGGUUAAACAGACUAGGUUCAAAAGUAUAAUAGUUGCCCAAAGCCUAAUUCUAGAGCUGAGGCCUGGAUGUCAAGAGAUCCAGGUUCCAGACCCAGCUCUGUUAUUUACUCACUUUGUGACCUUAGAACACUAGCCUUAAAUGGACCAUAAUUUGUUCCUCUAAAAUGAAGGAUGUGGUCUUUAAGGUCUCCAUCUCUUACAUUCCAGCCUUCCAACUUGCCCAUCUGCUGUGGUGGCUGAGGAGAGGAAUAACAUUAGAAAUCUUGAUGUGCCUGAAAAACUGAAGACUGUUUGUUUUCUUUUCUUAAUAAGUGUAACAACUGCCUGGCCCUCAAAUAUCGGUGGAUACCCCAUUCCCAGUCUUUUAAAUCAUAGCUGUGGUGAGAACACUUCUUAAGUUCUCAACAUUUUGUUUUUUACUUUUUUUCUCAGAAAACUUUUAUUAUUAUUAUUAACUCUUUUCUACUCUGGCAACAGCUAUGCAAUGCAAAUAAAUUGUUUUUAAUCCUAAUGACUGGUUUCUCAGAGCCAGAGAACUGCUUUAGGAAGUAGGAACUUAUCUUUGAGAAAGAGGGGUGAUCCAGAUCUUUAAGAAUUCAUAGUCUCUCUUUUCCAGGUCACAUCAUGACCAGGGUUAUUUACAAAGUGCCUUAAAAAAAAGGGAACAAAAGUCCAGAAAAGCAACUUCUCUGGUGCCUAUUUUAAUUUAAAUACCAAAUCCUAAAACCUCAUUCACAGAUUAUUUCUUAUUCCUUUGUGUCACUUUCAAACACUUGAGGGUGUAGAUCAUUCUCUUCACAAGGGAAAACAAACGCCUUUCCAGUCCUUACCCAUUUCUUGGCCUUCUAGGGAUUCUUUAGGAGACUUCUUCGCUGUUGCUGAAUGUUCAUGGGAUGCAUCUGUCAGACUGUGAAAUUCCUAUUGGACUUUACCAGUUCAUGAAAUGCAGUCAUUGUUAUUUCUCUCUGGGAUCUUUCAGGGUCUAGUUUUCUAUAAGCAUUUUUUUUUAAUCCAGAAGUGAAUUGUGACUGUGAAAUUAUCAUUUGUAUUUCCAUUAUUUCACCCGUUUCAUUGCUGGUCUUUAGGAAACUAGUGAAAAAUAUACACAACAUAAUUUCAGCAUGAAAGAAAGUACAAGUGCCUGGUUUUUCUUGAGCUUGUACUCAGAGUUAGGUAUGUUAUGCUGUUAUUGUGAACCGGAAGCAUUACGGUUACUUGUUACGGGGUCAUUUGGUUUGUUUUCAAAUCCUAAUUCUGCUUUGCACUUUUUUUUUUGUUAACUUUUGUGUGUGUGCACGUGUAUAUGUGUGUAUAUAUACUAUUGUAAGAGCUGGGAGAAUGGGUCUUCCAGUCUUGAUAUUCAUAGCAGAUGAGAACUGUAUUUUUUUGCCUUUAAAUUCAUUAAAGACUUGAAUAAAUGAACUUAUCUUUAUAAA